AAAACAAUGAUUUACAUCAAAAUGUGAACAAGCAAGAGAUCACAUUUGAUAUGAGUUCUUUGGAGUUUCAAGACACAAAUAAUAUUGACUUUGAAAAUUUAUUUCAUUCAGCGAAAGAAUUAUUAA